AUGCCUGUGAAACGUGGACUAUCUGCAGACGUUGAUGGCGUGAGCCCCCGCCAGGAAAUAAGCACAAGGACGGUCUCCCUGUGGUCCUACGUCAAUAGCCAGCUCGAUGAAUUCAGCAACCCUUUCUACGUGAAUUACGAACACCACGUCCUGUACCCUGUUGCCAGCCUAAGCCACUUGGAAUUUAAUUUUCCCAAUGUUUUUGCCUUGCAGGAGAUCCUGGCAACAGUGAAAGGUUUAACUGAAAAGAUGGGAGGAAAAGACUCUUCUGAGCCCAGCCUGGGAAAUGGCCCUUCCUUCAUUCAAGCCAAGCCUAGAGGAGCAUUCGAGGAGAGAGCCACCCAGAAGAGCCUGCCGGAGGAAGUGCUCACUCCAGAUUUAUGCCGCCAGCAAUUCAGGGACUUUGGCUACAGGGAGACGUUGGGACCUCGGGAGGUUUGCAGCCAGCUGCACCUUCUCUGCCGCCAGUGGCUCCAGCCAGAAAGACGCACCAAGGGGGAGAUGUUGGACUUGGUGGUCUUUGAGCAGUUCCUGGCACUCCUUCCCUCGGAGAUGUCGUCCUGGGUGAGAGAAUGUGGGGCAGAGACCAGUUCCCAGGCGGUGGCCCUGGCAGAAGGCUUCCUCCUGAGUCAGGCAGAGAAGAAGCAGGAAGAGGAGAUGGAUUUGUGUCUGGAACGGAUCCCUGAGGCAGGUCAGUGUUUUUCUGAAUCCAGUCAAAGGCAGCAGCUAAGGUGGAGGAUGGAGGACAGCGAAGGAAAGUCUCCCUCAAUGAGAGAGGGAACAAGGACUGGGUCUAUAAGCAUAAGUGCAUCUCUUCCUCAAGAUGAAUUCAGAACAGAAUCUACAGGAGUACAUCAGGUGACUUUUGAGGAGGUGGCUGUGGAUUUCACAGAAGAAGAGUGGGCUCUGUUGGACGCAGGCCAAAGGGCCCUUCAUCAGAAGGUGAUGGAGGAGAAUUUGGAAAUCCUGUCCUCUCUGGGAAGCACUUGUGGAGACAGUUCCUUGUCAAAAUUACAACUUCUGACAGAACAAAGUCCCAAAACAGCUGAAGAAACCUCAGAGCAUUUGAAGGACCAAGAGGCCUUCCCCUCCUGUUACCAAUCAGAUCACACAGAGGAGAAACUAUUUCAUUGUUGGGUGUGCGGAGAGGGUUUCCUUUUGAAGAAUGACCUCCUUUGUCACCAAGCCACUCACACUGGAGAGAAAUCGUUUAUAUGUGCAGUGUGUGGGGAAAGUUUCAGCUGGGAGUUAUACUUCAGUCAUCAUCAUGUAGCUCACACAAGGGAGAUGCCGUUUCAAUGCCUGGAGGUUGGAAAAGGCUUUAUUCCGAAGGCAGACCUCACUCGGUAUCCAGCAUCUCACACUGGGGAGAAACCAUUCAAAUGCCUGGAGUGUGGAAAAAGUUUCACUCAGAAGACCUCCCUCACCUAUCAUCAAGCCACUCACAAUGGGGAGAAGCUCUUUAAAUGCCUGGAGUGUGGGAAAAGCUUUAUUCGGAAGGCAGAUCUGACUCUUCAUGAAACGACUCACAGCGGGAAGAAACCAUUUCAGUGCUUGGUGUGCGGGAAAGGUUUUAUCCAGAAGAUAGAUUUGACUCGUCAUGAAACAAUUCACAGCGGGGAGAAGCCAUUUCAGUGUCUCGAAUGUGGGAAAAGCUUCACUCGGAGGAUAGAUCUGACUCGCCAUGAAACAAUUCACAAUGGGGAGAAGCCAUUUCAGUGCCUGGAGUGCGGGAAAGGUUUCACUCAGAAGGCGCACCUCUUUCGGCAUCAAGCAUCUCACUCUGGAGAGAAACCCUUCCAAUGUCCAGAGUGUGGGAAAAGUUUCAGUCACCAGGUAUACCUUGCCCGUCAUCAAACAAUACACACAGCGGAGAGACUGUUCACAUGCUUGGAGUGUGGGAAAGGAUUUUUCCGGAAGCACGACCUCACUCAGCAUCAAAGAACCCACAGUUUGGAGAAGCCAUUUCAGUGCCUGGAGUGUGGGCAAAGUUUCACUCGGAAGACAUCCCUCACCUAUCAUCAAGCCGCUCACAGCGGGGAGAAGCCAUUUCAGUGUCUGGAGUGUGGGAAAAGCUUUAUUCGGAAGAUAGACCUGACUCACCAUGAAGCAGUUCACACUGGGGAGAAACCCUUCCAGUGCCUGGAGUGUGGGAAAAGUUUCCCUCAGAGGAGACACCUCACUCAUCAUCAAGCAGUUCACACUGGGGAGAAACCCUUCCAAUGCCUGGAGUGCGGACAGAGUUUCCUUCGGAAGGCAUCCCUCACCUGUCACCAAGCCACCCACAGCGUGGAGAAGCCAUUUAAAUGCCUGGAGUGUGGGAAAGGCUUCAAUCGGAAGACAUGUCUUGUUCGUCACUACGCAACUCACUCAAAGCAGAAACAGAUGACGGUCUUACAUGACAUUCAAAAUCCAUAGCAAUGAGAAACCGUUGAUAGGUUUAGAGUCUGAAAGGUGUUUCACUAAUGACUCUCUCAGAAUGGCUCCUAUGUAAGAAUACAUCUAUCUAUAUAAAUAAAAAUGUAAUGUUUGUUUGUGGGAUUAACAGAA